CCUGGUAGGGGAGUGGGUGCGGGAUGGCGGCCCGGUGGCGAUGAGGAGGAGGCCGCGGGGCCUGUGCUGCGGGGCGGCGAUGGUGGCGGCGUUGCGGGCAGCCCUGCUGGGAGCGGCGCUGGGGUGCGCGGCCGCGGCGCUGAUCCCCGCGGCUGACGUGAAGGUGGAGGUGCUGCAGAAGCCGUUCCUCUGCCACAGGAAGACGAAGUGGGGGGACAUGAUGCUCGUUCACUACGAGGGGUACUUGGAGAGGGAUGGCUCCAUGUUCCACUCCACUCACAAGCAUAACAAUGGUCAACCUAUGUGGUUUACACUUGGCAUAAGGGAAGCUAUCAAAGGCUGGGACAAAGGUUUGAAGGACAUGUGUGUGGGAGAGAAGCGGAAGCUAACUAUUCCACCAGCCCUUGCUUAUGGAAAAGAAGGGAAAGGAAAAAUUCCACCUGAGAGCACGCUGAUUUUCAACAUUGAUCUUCUAGAAAUUAGGAAUGGACCAAGGUCUCAUGAGUCAUUCCAGGAGAUGGAUCUUAAUGAUGACUGGAAACUGUCCAAGCAAGAGGUAAAAAUAUACUUGAAGAAAGAAUUUGAAAAGCAUGGGGCAGUGGUAAAUGACACCCAGCAUGAUGCUUUGGUUGAAGACAUCUUUGAUAAAGAAGAUGAAGACAGUGAUGGUUUUAUAUCUGCGAGGGAAUUCACAUACAAGCAUGACGAGCUGUAGAAAAGGGUGGCAUAAUCUUUUUGACACAAAGGGCAGUGACUUAGACUGUCUGGCUCUCGUGUCUUCUUAAUUUUCUGUCUUGGGGUUGACAGCUGCUAUUGGCUAAGAACCAUUCUUUUGUAUAAAAGAGAACUUUUCCAUAUGUGCAAAUGUUUUAAGCUAUUUUAAAGUAUGAAAAUGUACCUUCUUUUAUGCAGCAAAGACUUGCACAUCAGUGUUUUUUGAAUUUUGUAUUAACUUAUUUUUGAGACGUGAAAAAAACUUUCCAGUUAUCAAACACUGUGAAAAUCAAAAUCCUGUUCAGUGCCUCUCUGUGAUUUGUUUGUGUGUUAAGGUCACUUUCAGUGACUCCUUUGUGUUUAACUCCCAGUCUCUGGCUUAAUUACUUGACCUUCCUUUUUGUGUGUCACUGCUCUAAAAGCAGUGUGCUGACCUUGCUUUUUUCCUGCAUAUUUUUAAAAGAUGUGCUAGAAGGCAUCAGCAUCUCUCUGUACAGCUAAGAAACUGAUACAAAGCUGAAUGAGAAGAAUGACUAUUCUGUGCUGGUUUUGCUCUUCUGAAGGGAGAGUGUUACUAACGAUGCUAGUAAUUGUCUGCAUUUUUCUUUAAAUUAUGUGAACAAAGGAGGAACUAGAUGCCAGACCUUCACUUUUAAUGGCAACAGCAUUCUGAGAAAUGUCUGUACUUUGGAAAAGAGCAAAUUAUGGUUCAGUGCAGAGGUGGUGUACUUUACACAGAUUAUUGUUUCGAAACUCAAGAGCUUGCAUUUGUGCAGAAAUAGAAAGAAACCUUUCUCCUCUCCAUUUUUGAGGGAGAUCUUAAGCAAAAUGUUACAAGUCUGAAUGAAGCUUUUCCCAUUUGCAGAAGGGGAAGAGCAGACUGACAGGAGGCUCAGUAUGGCCUGAAGAUGAGUUUGCAUUGGCCUACCCAUGUUGUUACUGCCCAAGUUGCAGAAUUUCUUUCAUCAUUGUCCUUUUGUGAUAUUUUCAUAAGUAGCACACAAGUGAUAUGAAUUUUAAAUAAUAAAGAGACUUUGCUUAGAAAAAACAGAGGCAUGAGGUAAAUGUUACAGUGCUGUGUCUUUACAGAGGUGGAUUUGAGCUCUGCUUUGUGUCUGUUUGAACUGUUCUGGAAAGAAACAUAAAAAACACCCACGACCUCUUAAAUUAGAGGGCAAGUUAUCAGGGGAGGAAUUAGCCUGCAUUCAUCACCAUAACAUGAGUCUCCAGAUACAGUAUUUUACUUGAAAAAUGUUUCUCAAGGCUAUCUAGGAGCACAAAGCCAAUCCAGUUUUAUGAACCAGGAUUGCUGAGUUGUACUAAUCCUUUGCUGUUGCCAAGGGAGACUCUGCAUUCAAGGUUCACAAUGAUGUGGGUGAACUGUAUGUUUUCCCUGCCACCUAGUGUUGCUAGUAAGCAUUAGAAGACUACUUUAUUAAACAGAGUUCAGCUGCA